AUGGCCGCCCUCACAUUUCGCCGCGCCACGCUCGACGACGCGCCUCAACUGCGCGCCCUCACCGAGCAUGCCUUUUCCACCCCCGACUCGCGGCCCGACUGGACCGGCGACGCAGUCCUCGCCGCACACUUCACCCUGACCCUCGACGCCAUGAAGGCGAGCCUCACCGCCUCCGACGUCGUCACCUUUGCCGUCCUCGAUGCGGCGGGGGAGAUUAUCGCCUCUGCAAGCGUUGGGAAGAAGGCCGAAACUGGCCGCAUCUCGAUGCUGGUCGUGCACGACGCGCACCAGCGCGGGGGCCUCGGCGGCCGCGUGCUGGCGUACGCGGAGGAGCACUGCCGGCGGGAGUGGGCGGCGCGGCGCAUCUCGCUGAACGCGCUGUCAUCGCGGACGGCGCUGCGGGCGUGGUACGCCCGGCGCGGGUAUCGCGAGACGGGCGAGACGAGCCCGUUUCCGCGCGAGUCGGGCCGGUUUGCGGCGCUUGCAAUCCCGGACGACUUGUGCUUUGUGGAGAUGAUCAAGGACGUCGAGCCCAUGCAGGGUGACAAGAAGACAGAGGAGGAAGAAUAA